AUGUCCGACUCUCCCGCACAGCCUGCGGGCCAAAGCAGUGGGAUGCCGCGCGCCGAGCCUCAGAACCUUCCCCCGGCCGUGAUGGAGUUCCUGCAACAACAUGGAUACGACAAGAUCCUCCAGGCACUGCAGGCCGAGAUGCAGAGCCGAGGAGCCGAAGGAAAGGAGGCGGAUGGUGCACCGGCGGAAGGUGCAGCUGCCGGGGAGGCUGCUCCGGCCGCUGCAGCUGCUGCCGCUGCGCCUGGAGCGGAGGCGAUCUUCAGAGCUCCCGAGCCCAUUGCGCUCGACAACAUGGUCAAGAGGAAUAUCCCGCAGGCAACGACCGUGUCGGUAUCAACAAUGUCUGACAAGAUCACUCCCGACUUCAUCGCGCAGGCGAAGUACGUCAUCGACCAGCUUCAGACGCGUCUCGAGGCGGCCAACGCAGACGAGGAAGCCGGGAAGCCUCCGCAGAAUCCCGGUGCUUUUAUCGACCCCUCUGACCGUGUCGAGGGAUACAAGAGGUACAGGAGAUGGGUUUCGGAGGGUUUGGAUCUUUGGAGGGAGCACUCGGAGCACCACAAGCUGUACCACCCCUCCGAACUGUCGUACCUGUCCGCUAUCAGUGCACCGCACCAGAUUCUUCUUGACCCGUACUGCAAGCGACUGCGAUCAGAACGGUACCAGGUGCCGAUGUCCCGGAAUUCAUACGCCCUGCUAAUCCAAUGGCUUUCGGGAGCUAGCUUGGACGAGGAGUGGGAGGCUGGCUUGCACAGCGUGCCCGGCCGAGCAAAGGAGGCCAUCCGUGCGAUCGUAAACUCGCGUCUCGACAUCAAGGUGUCGGACUCUGCGAUGCCUCUGGACAAGAUUGCAAUUGCAUCUUCGAGCGGUCUCCUCGCCAGCAUCCUCCCGCCCGGCCAGUCGCCUGAGAAGUUCAACUCGCAGACAUCGCUCAAGCUCGGUGCUCCUCACAUGCUGGAGAAGCUGCGGGAAGAGGUCAUCCGAGUCAUCCGGGAAGAGGACGAGGCCGCUGAAGGCGGCGAGGGUGGUAUGGCGAAUGGGCACGCAAACGGUGUCGACGCCAAUGGCGACGUGGAGAUGGGCGACUCGCGGGAGCCGGGCGCGAUGUCACCGUCGAAGAAGAUCAAGAUGGAGCUGGACGAGAGCCGGGAUCCUGACCUUGUGCGACCAGACCCCUCAGAGACGCUUCCACCGCAACCGACAUUCUACAAGGUUACGGACGUGAAGCGGGAGGUUGAGGCUGUGCGGGACAAGCGGAAGAUGAUCCGUCUCGGACCGAAGCCAGAGGAGGCCGAGGGCUCGCCGGUGCUCCCGAGUAUCGUGGCGUUUACGAUGUUUGACGGAGGAGAGAACAUUUCUUCGGUGACGUUCUCACCAGACUCGUCGCUCAUCGCCGCCGGUUCGUCGGAGAGCAGCAUUCGGUUGUGGAGCUUGAAGAACGAGAAGCUGAAGGCCAAGUCGAUCGAUCCGAACACUGGCAAGCUGGUCGAGGACGAGGGACUGGCGAUGCGCAAGCUCAUCGGUCACUCUGGGCCAGUAUACGGCCUGUCGUUCGACCCGAUCUCGGGCAGCGGAGGACCACCUCACGCCCUUCUGUCGUCAUCCCAGGACGGCACGGUUCGAUUGUGGUCGAUGGACACUUACUCCAACCUCGUUGUGUAUCGAGGGCACGGACGAGAGCCAGUGUGGGAUGUUGAGUGGGGACCGAUGGGUGUCUACUUCGCCUCGGGAAGUCGCGACCGAACAGCGCGCCUUUGGAGUUCCGACAGGGUGACGCCGCUGCGAAUGUACACGGGCCACCUCUCCGACGUGAACUUCCACCCGAACUCGCUGUACCUGGCGACUGGCUCCAGUGACGACUCCUGUCGCCUGUGGGACGUGCAGCGCGGCUCGUGCAUCCGCCUGUUCCUCGGACACACGGACGCGGUGACGACAAUGGCGAUUUCGCCUGACGGACGGACGCUGGCGUCGGCCGGUCUCGACGCUAGUAUCUACCUGUGGGACCUCGGAUCUGCCCGGCCAAUCAAGAAGAUGACGGGCCACACUGCGCCGAUCGAGUCGCUCUCCUUCAGCGCUGAGUCGAGCGUCCUCGUUUCGGGCUCGCUCGACUGCACCGUCCGCUGCUGGGACGUGAGGGGUGCAGGAGGGCCGCGCUCCAGCAGCAUGGACGGCCGUCGCUCCGGUGCCGAUUUGACCAGCGGCGCCGCGGGUACGUUACCCAUGGGCCCUGGUGAGAUGAACUGGGAGGACAUGAACCAGACCGCCGACCUGCUCUCGACCUUCCACACGAAGCGCACGCCCAUCCUCACGACGCACUAUACACCGCGCAACCUGUGCAUGGUUGCGGGCUCCUUUGUGCCUCCGGCGAACAAGGCGGCAUAA